UCCAUCCUGCGAUACUUACGAUGGCGGCCGUCACCGAUGCCGAACAGAUAUACACGGAAACCUACCUCCAAUUCCUGAUCAAGCAUCGGAGAGCGCUGAUGCGCAUUCCAUCUUGGAUGUGUAGCAAAGGUAUUCGCCAGGACGAAUGCCCAGUGUUCCACUACGGAGUCGGCGUUACCCUCGAGCACUUGCGCAUAUAUGGCAUCAAGCACGGGAUACUCCCUCUCGACGAGGCAGAGAUCGACUUGUCUGUCAUCAGCUGCGUAGGGCAAGUAGUCAGCGAUAUCGCGAAACGCGGCAAAGUCAAGUUAUAUCACACUAUGGUCGCACAUCAUAGCUAUACCAACGCGGUGGCCCUCUACACGAGCUUUAACAAGCACCGGAGGUAUCGUUCGUCGGAGGAAGACGAGAAGGCCGUCAGCUUCAUCAAGGCCGAGCUUGGACUCCCAUCCGAUUGUCGAGCCCUUUGGUACUGGGAUUAUGAUACCCCAAGAACGGUGACUGUCGAGACGCUCCCGAUCCCCAAGACCGUCGAAUCACGCAUGCAGCGCUUGAAGAUAGAAGACGGAAAUCAGAACUUGGAGUUUGAGUCCGUGGACGAGGAACUCAUACAAAGGUACACGUCCUUCGACACCGAGCCCAACACCGGCCGGGCCUAGCUCCCCAGCAAAAUCUCAGCUCGCGUUCCUCGUCUUUCGCUGUUAUCGCUGCUCUGUUCCGUUUGCUAUCGAUAAUCAUGUUCUAUCUUUGCUUUAUGUAUCCUCAGCAUGUACAAGCGUGUCCGUGCUAGCGUACUACCGGUAAACCUCGCUGAGC